UUGAAGUCACUGCACACACGAUCCUAUAUUCAUAUCUUUCUUCCUUUCUUUCUGUAAGAUUCUAUUUUACAGCAAAAAAGAAGAAGUAGUUGAUUCCAUUGGAUCCAUCCCUUGUUCCUUGUCAAUUCAAUUGCAGAAAAGGAAAAGAGAACAAAUGGAUGAGAUGAGAUUAUGAGGAGUGAGACCCCCCUCUGUUCUCUCUGUUCUCAACUCAUCAACCGUAGAGAGGAAACGGGCAUUCUUGUCAUUAAUGAGGAAGUGAAGGCUAGAAGGUGGGUAGAUGUAAACUGAACAAAGGUGACUGGGUUUCGGAGUUUCGGACCCUUUGAUUCGGGGAAGAAAAACAAUGAAAUAAAAUUGAAUGAAAAAAAACCCAACUUUAGCUUUGAUCCCCACCACUUCCCCUCUAUCUCUCUCCCUCUCUCCCUCUCUCUCUGCAUCCUCUCUCUCUCUCUCUCUCUCUCUAGAGCACAAACAAUAAUCCUUCGCAUCCAUCCCGUCUGACGCUUAAGCAUUCUUUCUUCCUCAUUGUUUCUUUUUCUCUUACUCCAAUCUCACUCUUCUUCUUCUUUCUCUCACUACAGCAGUACUGCUCUUUUCUCUGUCUCUGCUAAAGCAAAACCCUAAAGUUCUGAUCUUUGAAACCAGAUAUAAUCUUCUGAAGCUGUUCGUUGUGAAGUUAGUGAGGAAAUAUUUGGGUUUGUUGAUGGGGGCCACUGCGAGAUUGAAACUUAGGGACAAGUGAUGGGUUUCCUUAAUUUGCUCUACUUAAGGAGUCUAUAUUCUUACGAUGGCCUCCAAAAUUAGUGCCAAAGGUUCUUCAGAGCAGCAGCAGAAGGUGGCUGGUAGUCAAACAGAAGCAACCCCUCAUAGACCUUCACCUUUGCAGAUUUCAAAAACAAGCAAAUCAGAGCUUCUUACCCCAAAAAAACUACCAAGAAGUGUACAACCUAUAUCAUCCAAGCAGAUCAAUUCCGAAGCUUCAGGGGAUCAAAAAUCUCCAAAUCCUUGUCAAAAGGGGCCUGAUGACUUGUUGCCAUAUAAAACUGAUCCAAAUCACUCCUUGGGAGAUCAUACGGUAACAGAAUCUUUAAGCAAGGUAGGUCCUCCACCUGCGGUAAAUGCGACUAGGGGCUCACUGGAAGUUGGUGAUGAUCAAGAAAAGAAAUUAUCUGAGCAAAGUGUUAAGGACAGCUCAGCUUCUACCAAAGCUAGUAAUGGAACUAGCAUUCUCACCAAGACCAGUGGAAGUGCCAAGGUUAGUGAUCGUGUUGAUUUUGUUGAGAGUGGCAAGAGCAGCAUGUGUAGAGGAAGCACAAGCAGCGAUGUGAGUGAUGAGAGUACAUGUAGCAGCAUUAGUAGCAAUGUCAGCAAGCCUCACAAAGCAAAUGAUUCAAGAUGGGAAGCUAUUCAGGCUGUCCGAGCAAAAGAUGGGGUCUUGGGUUUUAGCCAUUUCAGACUGCUGAAGAGGUUGGGGUGUGGGGACAUUGGGAGUGUCUACUUAUCAGAGUUGAGUGGGACAAAGUGUUAUUUUGCAAUGAAGAUUAUGGACAAGGGUUCUCUAGCAAGCCGUAAAAAGCUGCUUCGGGCUCAGACGGAAAGAGAGAUACUGCAAUCCUUGGACCAUCCAUUUCUUCCAACAUUAUAUACUCACUUUGAGACUGACAAGUUCUCAUGUUUGGUUAUGGAGUUCUGUCCUGGAGGAGAUUUACACACCCUUCGGCAGAGGCAGCCAGGGAAACAUUUUUCUGAACAAGCAGUGAAGUUCUAUGUGGCAGAGGUUCUUUUAGCUCUGGAGUACCUCCACAUGCUGGGGAUAGUCUAUCGUGAUCUGAAGCCAGAGAAUGUUCUCGUGAGGGAAGAUGGUCACAUAAUGCUCUCAGAUUUUGACCUCUCUCUCCGUUGUGCUGUUAGCCCAACUCUUGUCAAGUCGUCUUCUCUUGAUUCUGAGCCAUUGCGGAGAAACCCUGUCUACUGUGUCCAGCCGGCCUGCAUUGAGCCGACCUGUAUACAGCCAUCCUGUGUAGCCCCCACAACAUGCUUCUCUCCCCGCCUCUUCUCUAGCAAGUCUAAGAAGGACAGGAAGCCUAAAAAUGAAAUUGGGAACCAGGUGAGCCCAUUGCCAGAGCUCAUUGCCGAGCCAACGGGGGCACGGUCAAUGUCAUUUGUUGGGACACACGAGUACCUCGCACCUGAGAUCAUCAAAGGUGAAGGCCAUGGCAGUGCUGUAGACUGGUGGACAUUUGGGAUUUUUCUGUAUGAGCUCUUGUUUGGCAAGACCCCAUUCAAAGGGUCAGGGAAUCGUGCAACACUGUUCAAUGUUGUGGGUCAGCCGCUGCGGUUCCCGGAGUCGCCGGUUGUUAGCUUCCAAGCAAGGGAUCUGAUUAGGGGGCUUCUUGUGAAGGAACCACAGCAUAGGCUGGCUUUCAAGCGGGGGGCAACAGAAAUCAAGCAGCAUCCAUUCUUUGAAGGCGUGAACUGGGCUCUAAUACGUUGUGCCAGCCCACCUGAGAUCCCAAAGCCAGUAGAGAUAGAGAGAAUUCCAGCCUCCACAGCAUCUACUAGUGAGAAGGCUGCCACUGCCACCCUUGAUCAGAAGAGUUCUGAUAAUUAUCUUGAAUUCGAUUUCUUUUAGUGAUUUGAUGAACUCGGUUGUGAUUCGUUUGUAUUUCAGGGAGAGAUGAUGAUGAUGAUUGAUGAAAUGGUGGGGUUCUUAUUUUUCUUCAUCUUGUUCAUUUAUUGAUAGAUGGGGAUGUGCUUGUCGUUAGGAACCAUUCCAAAUUUGUAUUGCUGAAGCUGGAGAGUUGAUUCUUCUUCAUCCAUAACAGUUGCAUAUUUUUGGGUAUAAAAGAGGAAAAUACUUUCUUUUGUUUCUUUUUUCUUUCUCUAUUGAUGAUAGCAUUACCAGAGGCCACCCUGCGGGAGGUGGGGCUGUGACUGAGAGAGAGAGAGAGAGAGAGAGAGAGCAUGAAGAGAGGUGGGGCUAAGCAAUGGAGUUGGUAGUGGUUUACCACAUCAAGAAAUCAUUACCAACUUUCAGCCAAAAAAAAGGUAUAACCAUGCUCUUGUAUUUGAAUGGAUCCUGCAAAAUUUCUCAAUGGCAAUGAUUAUGAUCAGAAGCUUUUUACGA